UUUAUAGUUACAAAACUUUCUGCUGUUGGCCUGGGUGACUGGAGUCGUUGGCGUCAAACAACAUUUUAACCCUUUUCUUUCGUCAAUUAACAUUCAUAUUGUUUAUGUGAGUGUCUAUGUGACAGUGAGAGCCCGCUUUGACCCUGCCAUGGCUGAGGUACCUCCACCACACGGACAGCCGGUCGAAAUAGACCCGGACUUUGAGCCUCUCUCCCGCCCGCGGUCCUGCACCUGGCCGCUGCCCCGCCCGGAGCUCGUCGACCCCGCCAGCUCUAACACAUCCUCCCCGGCACCGUCUGUCCAGCAGGAGCCGGGAGGAAACGCCGAUUUCACCAGUAACCUCGGCUUGUUAGAGGAAGACUAUGAGGAGUACGCGGACCAGAAGCCACCUUUACCGUGCACUGAUUUUCAGUGUCGGGAAGGAAAUAAUGUGCAUCUACAUCACCACCACCAACAUCAUCAUCAUCAUCCUCGUCCUCAUCAUCAGCUCCACCAGCAGCAGCAGCAGCAGCAGCUUUCGGGUCAGCAGCUGCCGCCCCAGCAACAGGUGCCUCCUCCUGGUGUUGCACCCUUAAGUGGCGCUGGCCAGAGGAAAAGCAGCUCGUCCCGUCGUAACGCCUGGGGGAACAUGUCAUACGCUGAUCUGAUUACCAAGGCGAUAGAGAGCUCACCUGAGAAGAGGCUGACACUGUCUCAGAUUUACGACUGGAUGGUGAAGAGUGUGCCUUACUUCAAGGAUAAAGGAGACAGUAACAGCUCCGCGGGCUGGAAGAAUUCCAUCAGACACAAUCUGUCCCUGCACAGCCGCUUUGUGCGCAUACAGAACGAGGGAACAGGGAAAAGCUCGUGGUGGAUGCUGAACCCAGAGGGAGGGAAAAAUGGGAAGUCACCUCGACGUAGAGCCACCUCCAUGGACAACAACAGUAAGUUUGCCAAGAGCAGAGGAAGAGCCACAAAGAAAAAGAUGGCUCUACAGGAAGGGGUUGAGAGAGGAGCAGGCAGCCCCGGUUCCCAGUAUUCCAACUGGUUGGGAAGCCCAAACUCCCACAGUAAUGAGGACUUUGAAGCCUGGAGCUCCUUUAGGACACGUACCAGCUCUGACGCCAGCACGCUCAGUGGUCGCCGGUCACCUUUCCCUUCUGAACAGGAGGACCUGGGGGAAUCUGACAGCCACAUGAUGUAUCCUGGAGGGGCAGGGACCAAGAUUACUGCCCCCUUGCCCAGCCUGUCUGAGGUGGCUGGAUCCAUGGGCCAACACGGCUCAGAGAAUGUCAUGGAGAGCCUGUUGGAUAACUUGAACCUGCUGUCUCCUAAGAACCCCCAACUUGGUUCAGACUCCUCACAUUCCCCAAAUGCUGCCAUGCUUCAGACUAGCCCCUACAACCCCACCAGCUUGAGCCUGCGCCAACAGCAGGACUACCAUAAAUGCAUGUAUGGCCAGGUGAGGAUGAACUCCCUGUCCCCUGUCCCCAUGCAGACACUGCCAGAGAGCAAGCCAGGCUAUGGGGCUUAUGAGAAUCAAUAUAUCUCCCCUGCUGGCCUUCUCAAAGAGCUGCUGACCUCAGAUGCAGAUGCCAACAGAGACAUGAUGCCCCACAGGGAUUCACUGGUGCCUCAGGUUGGUAGGGGAAGUUGUCUCUUGCCCACCUACAACAGUCAGAGCCAAGUGAGUGGACAUAAUGGAGUAAAAAUUAUGAAUCCUCCUCAGAGUCACACAGUUCCUCAUGUAAGCCCACAAGUUAUUCAUAGCCAGGGUCCUUCAACCUCACGAGACUUGAAUAGCUGUAACAUGAUCCCCCUGACCAGUCUGACUAGUCUUUCAGGGGCCCUUCCUCGAAUGACCAGCCUGAGGACAUGCAUGCAGCUGCCCCAUGGUCACCCAGCACACACUAAUGAUGUCACAGCAGGCUACAGCAGCAGCAAUGGCUACAGGCAACUUGUUCAUCCACACGGUCAUCAUCAUCAUCAUCAGGAACGGCUACCCAGUGACCUGGAUAACGUAUCUAUUGAGAGGCUUGAAUGUGACAUGGAGUCUGUCCUAAAUGAAACCCUCAUGGAUGGGGGGGCACUGGACUUCAACUUUGACCCUGCAGCUGGGCCUCAGGGGUUUCCCCAGAGGGUGAAGACCACCACACAUAGCUGGGUGUCGGGCUAAAGAGCAUGGUGAAUUAUGUAAUUGAUGCUUAAACAGGUGUUUCUCAGCAUCACACUGCUGCUCACCCUCAUUCUGAGACAGGAAAAUAUCAACCCAAAGAAGCCAUCACCAACACUCUCCAUAAAGUUGUUUUCAAGAUGUAUAUGUCUAGAGUGGCAGUUCCAUGUAUAACAGUGCAUGUUAAUACUUUACAUUAAAGAGUCAACAAAAUGAGAUUUCAAUUAGUUUUUUAGAUAUCUCUUCAGGGAGAAAAUGGAGACAUGAUAUAAGCCUGUAUUCAUUAAAUUUGCCUUGUUUACAAAAACUGGAAUUAUAUAUGUAUUACAUUUUUUGCUGAAGUCAUAGUAUAUUGAAACAUACAGUAGGGUGCAGUGUAUUACAUAACACAAAAUGCUUUACAAAAAAGGCAGUUUCUCAGAAUGUAUUGUUUGUGGUUAGUCUGACAUUUCUGGAAACACUUUGUAUUUGGCCCAAACUUCAGAAUUACCUUUAGUUUAAAGACUGGACCUUGGAGCAGUCAGUAGGCCCAGCUGAGAAGACCUGAGAGCCAUCAAGGUGCACCAGGGACAUAACAACUCAGUAAUAAGUCAGGGUUGUACCAUGAAUUGCUUUACAGGUCAUGGACUAAAUUGAAAAAUCAGGUCUUUAUAUGCUACCAUCCAGUAAAGGGAUGAAUUUGCAGAGGUGUCCUGAACCAAGGGGAGCUCAUCAACACAUCUUAAAAUAGUGUAUAUAAUUUGAAAUU